UUUAAAUAAUAAUUAUAUUAUUAUAUUACAAAAACUAAUGAAAAGAAUUGAAAUGUAAAUGAAAAAAUAUAUAUAUUAAUAUUUACAAAAAAUUCCCUUAUGUUGUACAAGAAAUGUAGGUUAGAUGAAUUGAUGCAAUAUAUCGAAGCAAUAAAUCUAACGACAGUUAGAUCAUAUUCGCACGUGUUGAUAUGGCGCAGAAUAUUGCAAUUCUGUCCACGAUUCCUAGGUUAUCUUACCAUCUUCAAACGCAACUUCCAAACUUAAUGAUAUUUGACGUUUUGCCAGAUAAAUGUGAUACAUUAUCAAAAUUACAAAAUGCAGAUAUAUUAAUAACUGAUUGUGAUUUAUUUUUACCAUAUACAAAUAAAUUACCAUCUUUAAAGUGGGUACAAACAGCAUGGGCUGGUAUUUAACUAUUAGCUUCAAAUUUAAAAAAUAAAAAUAUUAAUUAUUCUAUUACACGCUUCUCAGAUAAAUCUUUUGGUUUAGCUAUGUCUGAAUAUGUGAUAGCACACAUUUUUAAUUUUGAACAUAAUCAAAAAGAGCAAUAUCAAAAUCAAAAACACAACCAAUAGAUGAAAGAUGGAAAAAUUUCUGAUCAUAGAUUAAUUUGUGAUUUAUCUGUAGGUAUUUUAGGUUUAGGAAAUAUUGGCAAAUCAAUUGCAGAAAAGUUAAAAAUAUUUGGAGCCACUGUAUGGGGAAUAUCAAGAACACCACUUAAAGAAAAUUUAAAUUAUCUUGAUGAACAUAGAACAAUUGUAUAUAUUGUAUAUUUAUCUGAAAUGCUAACAAACUGUGAUUAUAUUAUUAAUGUUUUACCAUCUACACCUAAUACUUUAGGAUUAUUAAAUGGAAAUGUAUUACAAAAUUGUAAGAAUCGAGGCAGUGUUUUUAUCAAUAUAGGUCGAAGUACAAUUAUUAAAGAAGCAGAUUUAUUACAUGCUUUUGAGCAACAAUGGAUUUUAGGAGCAAUUUUGGAUGUUUUUGAAGAAGAACCAUUAUCAAAAGAAAGUAAAUUAUGGACAUUGUCACAGGUAAUAUUAUAAUAAAGGAUAAAUAUUACUAUUAGUUAAAAUUAAAUCCAGCUUUAACUAAUUAAAUAUUUUUAUAUAAGUUACUAUUUCACUACAUAUCUCAGAUACAUCUCGCGCUCAAGAUAUCGUAAAAUUUUUUAUUCAAAAUUAUGAAAAAUAUAUUAAA